UGAGUCACCGCCCUGUUGAAAACCCGAGUGGGGCCGAGCGCCAUCACCACUCUGCAGCUAGACGCGGAUUCGACGCCAUCGGCAUCAUAUUCGCGAUCACCAAGAUUGAAAAAAGAAGAUAAUAAAAAUGUCGCUAGAAAAUGCUGUAUUAUUUAAAGUCUACUUGGUACUGCCAGGAGAAGAAACACAAAUUAGAAAAUUUUCCAUCGACCGAGACGUCGUCACAAAUUUUUUGUAUGUAAAGCAAAAGAUAUCUGCACUGUUCCCACUGUUGCAAAACAUUGAACUAGAAAUCUUUUGGACAGAUGAUGAUGACGAUAACAUCCAGAUAUGCAAUGAUGAAGAGCUUAUGAUAGCUUUAACCGAAUUGCAGGGCGUGUAUAAGAAAAUUAUAGUAAAGCCUAGUGCCUAUCAGAAUUUGGAUUUAUUCAAGAAAAAAGUAAAUGAAGACCUACAUGCCGGUGUAGAGUGCGAUGCUUGUAACAAGAGUGUAAUUGGAUUCAGGUACAAAUGUGUCCUUUGUCCUGAUUACGAUUUGUGCUCCGAAUGUGAACAAAAGCAAAUGCACAAAGAACAUGUGAUGUUCAGAUUGCCUUUUCCAAUCGGAAUAACUCCUUUCUCAAGACACAGAAUAAAUAAGGAAAUUAACAGGUUUGGUAAAGCUUUUGAUAAGAUGGCACACGGAGUGAGGAACUGGUCACACCAUGGAAGAGAAAAACGUCAAACCAGACUCAGAGAAUCCCUGUGUCCAUUAACAGAAAACCCAACCUUCUCAGAAAAUCAACAAAAAGAAGGAACAACACCUGAAGAAACGUUCAAUCUCGUGUCUUUGCUUCAAUCUGUUUUCAACAUAGAUAAAGAGACCAAAUUUGGUGAAGAAUUGUGUGAUAUUGCAAAAAAGAUAAAUAUUAUUAUUAAGGCUUCAGAGAAGGAUGCCCCCGACAAAGAGACUGAACCUACACCUACAACAUUUAAGAAGACUGAACCAACUGCACCCACAACAUCUGGAACUGGCAAUGAUCAAUUGUUUAACAAAAGUGCAUCUACCUCUGAUAUUAAAACGUCUACUGCAUGUGAAAUGGAAACCGAAGAUGGCUGGGCAUUGAUCAAAAAAGAGUGCAAAAUCGAUGAGGCCCUAAAACUGAUGCUUUCGAUGGGAUUCAGCAAUGAAGGGGGAUGGCUGAGAGAAAUGCUUAUCCAAACAGAUGGAGAUAUUAGAAAAGUGAUUGAUAAGAUGAUGGCCAUCAACAUUUUCUAAUUAAUCUGUUGUGUUGGUUUUUUGUUUUUUACAUUUCAAGCUCAAAAUUUUAAGCAUUGAUGAUUAGUGACUAUCUCAUUACAAUUGUAUUUGCUAUUAAAUUGUUAUAUAUUAUAAUGUAGAUUUGUUUAGAAAAUUGUCCCAUUUGCUACAAAUCACGUGGGAAUGGUGAAGGUAUUGUUAAGUAAUUAAUUUCAUAAAUAAAGAAUGAUAGUUGGCCUGGUGCCCUUCUUAGUUAAAUAAUAAACUUGGAUAAAAACAGAUAAAUAUAGAGCAAAUCAGAUUUGUAACGAA